CGGUCGCUGCUAAGUUGUUGAAUUAUUUGAACACUUCCAAAAUAAAUAUUUGCGUGAUGAAUUCGCUUUUGUUGCCAUUUAUGCUGGCUUUGACAAUUCUGUGCCAGUCUUCUUAUUCAACAUCGUUGCCGAAUUAUGUGCACCUAAAUCUUAUAAAUUCUUCCAAUGCGAUUGUCUCAUUUGCGCGCUUUGACAUUCAAGAAUUGGACAAGGAGAUGGGUGAAUUUAAUGCAGCAAAGAAACGCGAAAAUCAACGCAAGGUGAUUGAACAUUUCAUAAAUGUGACUAAAAUAGUCCAUCGGAUCGAGGAACUGCACUUAAAAAAUACCGAAAAGGGCUUAUAUUAUUAUUUCACUAAUGGGCGUCAUAUAGACUCAGCAAUAAGAACGAUAUCGGCUCACUUUCAUUAUAUGAAACAUAUGGGAGGAAUGGAGGAAGAUACACUCUUCAAUUUUACUGCAACAAUAGCUCAGAGAAAAGUGAAACCAUUUUAUACAAGACCUGUUCAUUUGUUUUAUAUGCUACUCUUCGGCUCUGAAUGUGAUAAUUUCGAUGAGGAAUGCAGAUUGUUCAUAAAGGACAUCAACGAUUUACCGAAUAUUAAUGAAGUAUCCAAUCAAAUAAGUUGCAAGCAACAAAAAUCGCCACAACAACUGUUCUACUCGUUGUAUAAAGAUUUCGCACUAACCAAACUGAAGGCAUAUCUUCUCAUCGAGUAUUCCAUAAUGAUACAAAAGGUUUCUGGUAGUGGAGAUUUGAUCGAGAAUCGAAAUACUGUUCGACGCAACUUCGAUGAGAUUGCUUCAAAAGAUCUCACUUCUCUGAAAAAUGUGACUACAAAAGCCGAUCGUUUUCUCUGGCGUUGUGAGCACUCUGACUUCACUCACAAACUGAACGUUACCUACGACGAAGUGACACGACUUCUCCAAGGAUAUAUUGAAAACGAAGUGGAUCUCAACAACGAUGAGUCCUGUACUCAGUCAUGUCAUAAUUAUUACAACACAACUCGCUCGGGUUGCUUCGAUUCGAAGUUUUGUGCCCAACAACCUCAAUGUUUGGGCCGCAUUCACAACUGUCAGUCUCUCGACUCGCCUUUAUGGAUCUGCCAAUCACCAGAGAACAGUAAUCGUCGCUAUGACUAUAUUGAAGAUAGUAAAGGAGAGCGACAAGGAUCGACAAAACAGUGUUGGCGCAAUGUCAAUAGUGCGGAGAGCUGGAGGAGAUGGUUUUUCAUUGAAUGUAGCUACUGCUUUUGUCUAUGUGAUGAGCCGGGUCCAAAGUCGGAUCGUUAUUUCAAUUUGCGUGCAACUCUUUCGGAUGUUAAGGCCGACAAAGUGGUGACUGGCGUGCGAUUUGUGAAGAAGAAUCGUGUAUUUCAUUUGCAAAUUCAGCAGGCAAAAUUCUUGCCCCAUGGCGUCAUCAAUGAAUCAACUGUGGAGUGGAUACCAGUCGAUGAAUAUGAUAUUAAAGAUCCGAGCGUUAAGGAGGGAAUCGAUUACCACACAUUGAGUUACCAAAGUCGCGCCCUUGACCUCGAUGAAGCAUUGAAAACAGCUGAUAACACAUUUGUGGUAACCGGCGUGCGUUUUCAGCUUUUGGAUCAUCUCAAUCUCAAAGUGCACUUUAGUAAAUUCGAUUUUGCAACGGGCAAAUUAGUCAAUUCGGAGCUGAAUAAUAUUUGGAUAUCAAAGGACAACAGUUACAAUAGACAGCAAAUAUAUCUCGACAAUGUGGAUGUCCAAACGCGAUCUUACAACUAUGCGGAGCCCUUAUCAAAGGAUGAUCAAUAUGUUGAAUUUACCAACACGGGAAUGCUUGAGGAUGCAGCACAAACAACGGUGCCAUUUAUUGAUAUACAAGAUGUCGCAUGCAUUCCGCCAGUUCCUUUGGCUGGCAUCGGCAUCUCACUUGCAGGAAACAAAGGCUACGGCGGCUUUGUGGCACCCAAAGUCAUUAGCUAUGAUUUAGCUGCUCACCUUUAGUUGAUUCCUAAUUAAAUACUUUUGUGUGCAUUUCAUCAAUAAUAAUUUCAUAUAAUUUUUUAAAAAAAUUACUUUAAGACUAGAAAUUUGAUAUUAACUAUUAAAACUAAAGCGUUUGGCAUAUGUUCUUUUGAUUAGGCUGAAUUGUUUCUUAUCAAUCUUGACCCCAAACAUAUAAGUUGAGAAACACUCUGUUAAAGAAAGCAGAUGUGUCCAAAGGUCUUUAAUCUGUAAUCUCAAAGUAAAGCCGUUGAUUUCAAAUGUUGUCCUCAAAUUUAUUGAAUAAACAA